AAUGGGAAUUGGUGGUCAGAUGCCUCGGCAACCUGGAGUAAUGGGUGGACCUGUUGGUCAAGUUAGUCAGGUUGGACCAGGAGGCACGUCCUCGCUACAUAACCGAGCAUAUCAGCAGCUUAUGGCCACCCUUAAAAGUCGGAAUACUCCUGAGCAACAAAACCAAAUACUCCAUAUUCUCCAGAGUAAUCCGUCUCUCAUGGCAGCAUUCAUCAAGCAACGGCAGAACAGGCACUGACCGUUCAGCAGAUAUCUAGACAAAAUGGGGGAGCAUAUGGCCGACUACGUUCUAGAAUCUAGACUCUAGUUAGCAACAACAUCAACAAGCAGGCCUGCAAGAUUUGCUACCUCAACAAAAAACAGCAGCAGCAACCUACCCAAGAACCAAGUGCACAAAAUGUCCUAUAAAAUAAAAUAAAAUAUGAAUGUUUUAUUUUUAAAUCAGAGGUGCACUCAUUACGAGUUAAGGCCGAAUAAAUUUUCCAUAGACAUUUGCUAAAGUUUGGAAAUAAAUAAGCAGAGUUUUGUAUAAA